AUGAACAAUUUUACUAAAUAUCAAGAUGAACAUGAUGAAUUUCUUCAUCCAUUAUGGUUGGGUAUAUUACUAUUAUUUUUUGUAAUAAUUAUUAUUGGUUUAUCAUGUUGUGUACGAAAAAAAUUUGGUUCAUCAAUACAUCAUUUAUUCAAUCGAUUAUGUUGUAAAGAUGAAUUAAAUAAUGAAGAUAAUUUCAAAAAAAGGAUGAAUUUACAAAUAGCAAAUGCAUAUAAUUGGGCACCUAUUUUUGCUCCGUCAACAAGUGUAUCACCUAAAUUACAUACAUUAGUUCGAAGUCUUCAAAUGACUAGUCUUGAAAAACAAUUAUCUAUUCAAACUAUAAAUAAUAAUGAACAUAAUAGUUCUGAAAAUGAUGUAUCGUCAACAGGUGACGAAUUCGAUCAUGCUCAAACAUCUUCAUGUCAAAAUUCCUCUCAAUCAACUAAAGAAUUAAGUCAUAAUCGAAAUUGUGAAACAGCUCGAAAAUUUUAUGCAAGUAUGCGUCAAACAAGUGUAUGUAAAAAUUCUAUGUCAGUCGAUAGUUGUGAUUCUCAACCAUCGUUAUUAAAAACAAAUCCUAUAAUGAAAGCAAAUCGAAUGAAUAAAUUAAAAAAUUUUCGUACACCACGUUUUUUUCAAUCAAUAACAUAUAGAUGUUAA